GAGAGUUGCGGAUUGGGUUUCGCCGCCGGAAGCGGGGUGGGCUUUGGUUGUGGCGGCGAGGAACAGGAAGCCCUGAAGGGUCAAAAGGAAUACAAAAGCAAAGGCUAUUUUCUUUUUCUGUUCUUUCUUUUUUUAACCCCUAAAGAGUAAGCGCGUUGGCGGUGGCGGUUCGGGGUGAGCGCUACCGAGGAGAGGGGUGUCCCGCCUCCCGCGCGUUGGUAGAUUCUCGGACCCCAUCCCCGGAUGGUCUGACUGAGUAGGUCUGGAGUGGGACGCAGAGAAGCAGGUGCCGGCCUGGUGGUCAGGUUUCCCAGUGACUGCUUGGGUACCAGCUGCGAGACUGAUUGUUCCAUUAUGGAUGGAGGAGAUGAUGGUAACCUUGUUAUCAAAAAGCGGUUUGUGACUGAGGCAGAACUAGAUGAACGGCGCAAAAGGAGGCAAGAAGAAUGGGAGAAAGUUCGAAAACCUGAAGAUCCAGAAGAAUGUCCAGAGGAGGUGUACGACCCGCGGUCUCUAUAUGAAAGGCUUCAGGAACAGAAAGACAGGAAGCAGCAGGAGUACGAGGAGCAGUUCAAAUUCAAAAACAUGGUAAGAGGCUUAGAUGAAGAUGAGACCAACUUCCUUGAUGAGGUUUCUCGGCAGCAGGAAUUAAUAGAAAAGCAACGAAGAGAAGAAGAGCUGAAAGAACUGAAGGAAUACAGAAGUAAUCUCCACAAGGUUGGACUUUCUCCAGAAAACAAGAAGGAAGUGGAGAAGAAAGUGGCCAUGAAACCCAUAGAAACCAAGAACAAGUUCUCCCAGGCAAAGCUGUUGGCGGGAGCUGUGAAGCAUAAGAGCUCCGAGAGUGGCAGCAGUGUGAAAAGGCUGAAAUCGGACCCUGACCCAGAUGACAAGAACCAAGAAGCCUCGUCUUGCGUGGCUCUUGGAAGCACGUCCCUGAGUGGUCCCUCCAUCCACUGCCCGUCGGCUGCGGUCUGUAUCGGCAUCCUCCCAGGCCUGGGCGCCUACUCCGGGAGCAGCGACUCCGAGUCCAGCUCGGACAGCGAAGGCACCAUCAACGCCACCGGCAAGAUCGUCUCCUCCAUCUUCCGAACCAACAGCUUCCUCGAGGCCCCCUAGCUCCUGUGUCCUUAUCCAGGGAGCUCCCCGCAAGAGUAGACAGAUGGCUCAUCUGCCCGCAGGCAUUGCCUCCCUCAGAAAACCUCUUGGCCUGCUUCCUGUGCACACCGUGACAGUUUUAACCUCGUCUAAAAAUGUGCCGGCA